UCCCAUGUGCCACUGCCGCCGCGCGCGCAGGCAGCCACAGUCCUCCUCCUGUGGACGAGCCGGACGCUGAGACUGAACACCGACGCAACCAGACCGUGAACACUUUUUUUCUGCCCGGCCCCCUCCCAAAAAAACCCCAAAAAACCAAAAAAAAAAAACCAUUGUUCUGUGAAAUUUUAAAAACCUUCACACCGCACAAUUCCGUUAGAAGAAGCCACCGCUGCCGGGUUUGGUUAGUAUCAGCGGUGCGGGCAGGAGAGCCACGGUUCCCUCAAUGAACGUACCGGAGAACGGAGAGUGUGGGGAGCGGAGGAGCAGGCUGCUAGCAACUAACCCCGACUCUAAAAACACCGAAGGGACUGAAGGUGGAAAGAGUGAACGCUAACGUGUUGGGUAGCUCGUCCUAACAGCAGGGUAAAGACACGAGAGGAGUUUGGCUCCAUUUCUACGGGAACGAGUUGGGGAACCGAACUUAACUGUCGCCGUCGUACUCGAUGCUGGGAGCUACUGGGCUGAGGCAGGAGUGAGGAGAUGCGCGGUGUAACAUGGAUAUCCGAGAAGGGAUAAACAUCAGCAAACACCGCAGGGGACUUUCUCAGACGAACGGUGAAAGUGCUGGAUAAGACAAAGCCAGGAUUCUACACACUUGUGAUUGGAUGUGAGCUUGUGUUGACCUGAGACCAUUGAAAUGGAGUUGCUAUGGAAACUUAUACUGCUGCUGUCAUUGGUGGACUGUCUGACAGGAAGUGGAGUCCUGCUGAGACCCGUGUUCACCAAACAACCUGGCAGUGUGGUGUUUCCCCUUCAGCCUGGUGAGAAUCGCAGAGAGGUGGUGUUUAGCUGUGAGGCACAGGGACACCCACCGCCCUUCUACAGGUGGAAGCUAAAUGAGUCUUUCAUCCUGCCCAGACCAGGGUCACGUUACUCUCUCAUGGGAGGAAACUUACACAUCAGCCGUCUGAAUAAAGAGGAAGAUGUUGGCAUCUAUCAGUGCCUGGCAUCAAACUCUUUUGGCACCAUCGUCAGCAGAGAGGCCAGUCUGCACAUUGCAUACCUGGAGAACUUCAAGACGCAGAGAAGAAGUCCAGUGAGGGUUCGAGAAGGUCAAGGAGUGGUCUUACUGUGUGGCCCGCCGCCCCACUCUGGAGAGCUCACCUUCACGUGGAUCUUCAAUGAGUACCCGUCGUUUGUCAUCCAGGACACUCGGCGAUUCGUGUCCCAGAAGACGGGCAACCUCUACAUCGCCAAAGUGGAGCCCUCUGAUGUGGGCAACUACACUUGUGUAGUCACCAACACAGUCACCAAAAGCAGUGUGCAAGGACCACCGACUCCCCUGGUGCUGCGGGUUGACGGUGUGAUGGGUGAAUACGAGCCAAAAAUCGAAGUCCAGUUCCCCGAAAUUGUUCCUGUCGCUAAGAGCUCAACUGUCAAACUGGAAUGUUUUGCACUCGGAAACCCAGUGCCAACCAUCAGUUGGAGAAGAGUGGAUGGAGCCUCUUUUGGCAGGAAGGUGGACAUAAAUAAAGCCAGCGGAGUUUUAGAGAUCCCAUACUUCCAGCAGGAGGAUGCAGGGAUAUAUGAGUGUGUAGCUGAAAACAGCAGAGGAAGAAACUCGGUGAAAGGAAAGCUGUCUUUCUAUGCUCCACCUCACUUGACCGAGAAGCCGCAGGACGUUCAGAAGACCAUCGAUGACACUCUGGUGUGGGAAUGCAAAGCCAGCGCCAAGCCCAAACCUUCGUACCGCUGGCUGAAGAACGGAGAACCUCUGGACCCCAUGGAGCAGGACAGAGUUCAGACGAAUAAUGGAGUGCUGACGAUCAGCAGCCUGAGUCUGGCUGACAUCGCCAUGUACCAGUGUGUGGCGGAGAACAAGCAUGGCCGAAUUUUCACCAACGCUGAGCUACGAGUCAUAGCCAUCGCUCCGGACUUCUCCCAGAAUUUGCUGAAGGCCCAAACUCUGGCCCGACAGGGUGGCGACAUUCUGAUCGAAUGCAAGCCCAGGAUGUCUCCCCGUGGCGUGAUUUCCUGGAGGAAAGGGAAGGAAGCCCUGAGAGAGAGCCACAGAGUUACAGUGUUGGAUAAUGGCAGCCUUCGGAUUUCCAAUGUUAGUAAAAUGGACGCUGGACUCUACACGUGUGUGGCCAGAAACCAGUUUGGAGUGGCGAGCAGUGCCGGAAGCCUUUUGGUUAAAGAGCCGACUGUGAUCACCAGUCCAGCGGGUCAUCUGGACGUUACCGUAGGUGAGAGCAUUGUGCUGCCCUGCCAGGUAUCUCAUGACCCCACGCUGGACCUCAAGUUCACCUGGUUCUUCAACGAGCAGCUCAUCCACUUUGGAAGCCACGGGGCUUAUUUUGAAAAAGUUGGUGGGCGCUCAGCUGGUGACAUCAUGAUCCGAAACAUUCAACUGAGGCAUGCUGGGAAAUACACGUGUGCCGUUCAGACCAAGGUGGACAGUGUCUCUAUUGCCACGGAUGUGGUCGUCAGAGGUCCCCCUGGCCCCCCUGUAGACUGUCAGGUGACUGAGAUGACAGAGACCACUGCCUCGCUGUCCUGGGGACUGGGCAUGGAUAACCACAGCCCCAUCCUCAGCUACACCAUCCAGGCCAGAACGCCCUUUUCUCUCGGGUGGCAAGCCGUCACCACUGUUCCUGAGCUGCUCGGGGGGAAGCAGCUGUCAACCACUGUCACUGACUUGAGUCCCUGGGUGGAGUAUGAGUUCAGAGUCCUGGCAACCAACAACAUAGGAACAGGAGAGCCCAGCAAACCCUCCAAAAAGGCCCGCACCAAAGAAAUGCUUCCCAGGGUGACCCCAGCCAGAGUGAAUGGUGGUGGUGGUGGGCGUUCAGAGCUGGUCAUCACAUGGGAGCCUGUUCCUGAGGAGCUGCAGAGCGGUCCAGGCUUUGGCUACGUGGUAGCUUUCCGCCCACUUGGGGCACAAGGCUGGAUGCAGGCCGCUGUCACGUCCCCAGAUGCCUCUAGAUAUGUCUUCAAGAAUGAGAGCAUCCCUCCCUUCUCCCCCUACCAAGUCAAAGUCGGGGUUUACAACAACAAGGGGGAAGGCCCUUUUAGUCCGGUUACCACCAUCCACUCAGCGGAGGAAGAGCCCAGCAGAGCUCCAGGGAGGCUGAGGGCGAGGAGUGUAUCAGCGUCCGAGGUAGAGGUCACCUGGAGGCCGCUGGCCUGGAGCAACAACCGCAGACGCAUCCUGGGCUAUGAGUUGCAGUACUGGGGCGAGAGGGAAAAGCAGGACACAGCCAGUCUGAUCAGGACAGUGGGGAAUAAAACUUCAGUACUCAUCAGGGAUCUGGAGGGCAGCAGUACCUAUUACAUGUCCCUCCGGGCCUAUAACAGCGCUGGAGUGGGUCCACAGAGUGUCAUAGUCAAUGUCACAACCAAGAAACCACCGCCUAGUCAAGCCCCGGUCAAAAUAAUGUGGAACACUUCCAACUCCAAGGUCAUCCUGAGGUGGGACAAAGUACAUGCUCUGGAGAACGAGUCAGAAGUCACAGGAUAUAAGGUGAUGUACAGCCAGGACAAACACAGCCGGCCCAGUGUGGUGGAGACCAACACCACCUCCUUGGAGUUGUCGCUGCCAGUCAACCAGGACUACGUCAUCCAGAUUAAACCCUUCAGUGAGGGCGGGGAAGGCAGCAGCAGCCGCCAGAUAACCAUCCCCAAGAUAGCAGGCUCCACACCCAUAGGAGCAGCCCCAGAGGCCUCUGCAUAUCCCUUGGUUAACCUCGCAGCCCUAAUCCUCACAGCCAGGACUGUGCUAUGACAAACGUGUGCAGGACCCAGGCACUACAGCUGCUUAUUAAGAGGUGAAACAGCAGGUCAAAGACAAGAAGAGACUGACAGCAGCAUUUCCACCUGCUCCCUACCCUACCCUACUGUGUCUUUCCUCUUCCGUCUACAAAGAUCUCUUUGUGAGGAAGAUUCUUUUCCUCUACCUUUCUAAAGGAGUUACUGAAAGGAAGUGGCUCUUUCAGAAGUUGUGUUUAUGGAACUGAAAGGACACCGUGACUUGACUGCAGUUUCUUUGAAGAUGUUUUUCUUUUUCAAUGCUCCGUUCUAACCAAUGGGAUUCUCAAAUGGAUUUCACCAUGGAGGCCCGAUGUUGUGUGAUGCACAGUAGGAUGUGUAUAUGCUUUCUCUGUGGGACUGUGCAGGUUUUGUUAAAUGGAUAUGUAUGUACCACUGGACUUUUCUCGGAUGAUGGGAUUGUAUCUUAACUGGGGAUGGAGGACAGCUAAAGCAACUCAUUCUCAAACGAGUGAAGUUAUAUUUAAGCUUGACUUAAGACAAAAAAUGGAUUGAAGUCAUUUUCCUCCUCUCUCUCUCUGGACUGUUUUUGAGAAACUUCCUGAACUUUCUCAAAAGAAAAACCAACUGUUACUAAUCCUUACAAGAAAAAAAAAAAAAGAAAACAGGGAGCUAAGCCUCAUUGCUUUAUGACAAACCAGAAUUUGGGACCUUUGUAACUUUGCCUGGAUUUUAUUCAUGCUUUUACGUUAUACCACGUUUCAUCGAAACCUCAGAGUUGCCAUGAAACUGACUGGAACCAAAGGUAUUGAGCCAACAAGGUUCAGUUCCACCUGUUGUAUCAUUGUGAGAAAAUGCAGCGCGUACACCCCCCCCCCCCCAAUAUGGCUUCCAUCGGCUUGUGUUGAUUGAAUCGAUGUCUCCCUCAUCCAUGAUAAGUGUGUAACAAAGGCACGCUGAGCAUUGUGUGAGCCGCAUUGUUGUACACUGUAUGUAUGAAAUCCUCAGGUCCCAAAUGAGCCUUAAGUCUUAUGAUUAUUAUCCAUGUUUUUAUUAUUCAAGGAAAUUUUUAUUUAUUUUCCUCCUCUGUUUUUAUCCACAUUGUGUUUUGGCUCACUCAUGCUAUAAUUUAUGAAUAACUGACCUUACUGUACCCUGAGUAUGUUCCAGAUUUUUUCACUUUUGUUACUUUGUAGAUCAUAUUUUUGGGCGUUUUGGGCUCAGAAACAACAUGCCUUUCUCCUAUGUCUUUCAUGAUGAGCACUGUAAUACAGUACAAGUGGCAGCUUAUUACUUAGUAGGGAUGGUAUUUUACUGUCAGCUGCUGUUUGGCAUGAGAUUGGUCAGUGUACGUACCUACGUUUGCUUAGGAUGUCUGAAUGGAUCAACCUGCUUUUAAUAAACAUAAUGCCAUUUUCCUCCA